CAGAGUUGUAUCCGUGCCCUGAUUACUCGGGUAGCGCCACUCGAGUUUCGGUAGCAUUAACAUUCACCCCAAACCCCUUUUACUUCUUUUGUUCCCUCUUUUGGCUUCCAAGACAGAUUCUUAUUUCAACUCCAAAAACCCUGACCUCGAUCAAAUCUUCUAACAGCAGCAGCAGAGGAAAAUUACUAUCAUCAAUGACGAUUGGCUCAGGUGGAUCGAGUGUCGUUGUCCCACGAAAUUUCAGAUUGCUGGAGGAACUUGAACGUGGAGAGAAGGGAAUUGGAGAUGGUACUGUUAGCUAUGGAAUGGAUGACGGAGAUGAUAUUUACAUGCGUUCUUGGACGGGUACUAUAAUUGGUCCUCACAACUCUGUGCAUGAAGGUCGUAUUUAUCAAUUGAAACUAUUCUGUGACAAAGAUUACCCAGAUAAGCCUCCAAGUGUUCGUUUCCAUUCAAGGAUCAAUAUGACUUGCGUAAACCAUGAGACGGGAGUGGUAGAGGCAAAGAAAUUUGGGAUGCUAGCAAAUUGGCAGCGGGAAUAUACCAUGGAAGACAUUUUGACACAACUGAAGAAGGAGAUGGCAGCCCCGCACAAUCGGAAGUUGGUUCAGCCCCCUGAAGGUACCUACUUCUAGUUGAAGAUGGAUAGUAUAAACUGAAUCACUUAUACACCAAUAUAUAGUCUGUAAUGCUGUGUUGGUCCUGUGACACCUUGGUCUUAAUUGUUCACUCUGCUGCUUCUGUCUUCUUUUCUUUGUCAAACUGUGCUGCAAGGAUGCUGUUUGAUGAAUGGGAUUUGAUUGUGUGACAUGUUUAUAAUACACUUCUAAACUAAGGCUCGGAAAUUUCACCAA